AUGGAGGGCACUCAGUUACGCAGCUACGCUCUCGCAUUACUCCUAAUUACAAAUGCAGUCAUAGUUUUUGCGGCGCAAUUCGACUUAGCGAACUACACUUUGAUAAAUUUUCUGCAGGAUGUGCAACGCCAAGACAACUUUGAACAGCUGGUAUUCGCACGCAAUCGUAAUGCAACUGAAAUGGCGACAUUUGGUGCAGCCAUGAAAAUCGGCGUUGAGAGCGAACUUAAUGUCAUCGAAGAUUUUCGAAAUUUGGAUGAGUCACAAUUCAUACGAGAUGCAAUGAUCGAUCUGGGUAUACCAGUUAUACUCUUAAACGAGCUGAGCAAGGACUUUUUAAAGCAGCAUUUCAGCGCCGCCUUAAUGGUGGUGGUGUACAUAGAAGAGUCGCUUGCAGCACAGACUGCUUUACUCAGAGCGCUGGUGGCUAGUUUGAAGCAUCGGACACAAUCGAAAGUACUAUUUUUAAUAAACACUGAGAGCGCAAAGGCAACUUGUGAUGAGGCGUCCCUGCAGCAGCUCUUUCAAUUUUGUUGGCAGAGUAAAAUGAUUAAUGUGGUGGCGCUAUGCAGUGACUACAAGGUAACCGCCCGCUUCUACAGCUACAACCACUUUCCCGACUUUACGCUGGAGCACAAGUCUCUCAGCCCAGAUCUUCUCCACCACAGUCCCAUCUAUCCACAACGUCUCGGCGAUCUACAGGGCUACAAAUUAUCCUUUAUAAUGGGUGGCUCUGAUCCACGCCUUAUUGUCUACAAUUAUAAUGGUGCCAGGGUAUUAGGCGGCUUUGCUGGCCACUUUCUUACUACCUUUGCAAGCAAGCGUAAUUGCACGCUCUACGAACCGCUGCCCGCGCCCUCGAAUACACGUUUUGCGCCUGCGCGAGAUUUGAUUGCCGCAGUGCGUAAUGACACUGUUGAAAUUUCAAUUGGACUCACUUUUCCGCAGCGUCUUUCAUUUGACGGCUUCACUUAUCCCUACGAGCACGUGAAUUGGUGCGUUUGGUCACCGAUAGAGCCAGAUAUACCUAAUUAUGAAUUCUUUUGGAUCGUUUUCAAAGGUUUAACCUUCAUUCUGACGUUGGCUAUAAUCUUUGUUAUUUCACUUGUACUAAGUUGCGCGCUCUGGCAGCAUGGGAAAAAACCGGACACACUGCGUUUCUUCAUUCAUGAUGCAUGUCUACGCGGUGUAUUGGGUCAAUCUUUUCGAGAGAUACAGCGGGCUCCCUUCGUCGUACGCUUUAUUUAUCUACAAAUCUAUGCACUCGGCAUUUUGCUUACCACUUCGUACAAUGCAUACUUUGCCACAUAUUGGACGAGUGCACCGAAGGAACAACCUUUUCGCACUUUCGACGAUAUUCUCACCUCAAGCAAGAAAGUUUAUAUGUUUGCACCAGAGUACAAGGAGUUAUUCGAUCGCGCCGAGGAUUUGCGAAAAUAUACGCCAAUGGUUCAGGUAGAAAGCGAUUAUCAUCGAUAUCUAAGCACUCGUGAUGCAUUCGAUACGAAGUAUAUCUACAUGAUAUCAACAACCAAGUGGAACAUCUUUAGGGAACAACAAAAGAUUUUCACCACACCCCUUUUCCGUAUGCGCCACGAUUUGUGUCUCUACCAUAAUAUUCCGUUGGGAUUUCCCAUACACAGCAAUUCGAUAUUUGCGCAGAAGCUAAAUGAAAUGAUUUUAGAGACAACUGAGUUUGGUCUCGUCGAACAUUGGUCACAGAUUUCGUUUCUGGACUUGAUCAGAGCAGGUCGUUUGAAAUUUGUAGACUUGAGUCGCAAAUAUGAAUUCCGGCCAAUGAAGGUAGAGGACUUAAAAUUGGUCUGGAUAGGUUUUGGCGUUGUGUGCCUGGCGAUGGUUUUCGUCUUUCUCACAGAGCGAUGCUGCUAUUAUCGACGCAAACGGAAAACUGCCGAGCGCUGA